AUCAUCGCUAAUGAUAGUUGAACUAUUUUUCAGAUAAUAAACUUUUGCCAGCUACAACAACAAGACGAUACAGUCCACCACGGAAAAAAAUCAAGCUACCAGACCCUCAAUCAAAAAUAAAAGGAAAUAAUCUGAAGGUGGUAGAAAAAGCAGAACUGGAAGAUACGAUUUUAAAUUCAAGGAAGGUUGCUGAACAUUUCAACGUCAAAUCGAGAACAUCUACGUCAUCGGAACUGCCAAGCCUUGUUUCUUCUGAACAUGUUUUUAUGGAGAAACCUUAUGUAAGAGAAAACCAAGUCUCUCUCGAUGUUCAACCAAGUAAUAAUGAUCGCUUACUCAAAUAUCCCUAUAUUCAGCAAAUAAAGGAAAAGUAUAACGGAACCCAAGUUAACAGUCCGGGGGCUGGCUCUCGAAGUACCAUUGGAAAAACUCUUUAUGCUUCAAAGAUACCUCUAGCUUUUCUAAACCAAGUCUGUGAUUAUUCUCAGAAACCACAAGAAAACCAACCAUUGUCAAUCUAUCGUAAACAUUUACAUCACCUUGCAUUGACUCAAGGAAUACAACACAAUAAGAUUCCGAAUCUACGAACCUUUACUCUUGAUUUUCCUGAACCUCUGACCCAGGAUCCGAAUAUUGGAUCAAAUACCUCGUUUGACAUUCAAAACCCUACUAACAACGAUAACCAGUUCAGUCAAGCAGAGAUUUCAGAGUCAUCACCUGUUAUUCAUCCUCAAGUUUUGCCGAAACAGAAGACCCCUGACCUAUUUCCAGGAGUGGAGUGUGCUCCUUCCCAACCCCAUAGUAAGAUGACGAGUCCUUCACAUGCAUCGAUUGCCUGUUCAAAUUUAGCAGAGGAUCAGGGUUCAACGGUAGAAGACAUGGUCGUUGAAGAAUUGAAUGAGGCGAGCUGUAUUGAACAGAAUGUCCUCUCUGCAACUAGAGCAGAUAAUAAAUCCUCUGCUAAUCGAAAAGCUCUGAAAGAGGCAAAUCAUUCUGGGCAGACCGUAGAGAGUUCUAUGAGGGAAGGAUCACUGAUGGUUGAAGCAGUUACGUCGAGUGGGAUAUCGUCGACGCAAGAUGUGGAUAAUGCUGAACAAACUAACUCUUCAGAUCGAAAAUCGGACGAAAUAAUUACUAGUCCAAACUCUUAUGAACAAGCAAAUCGUCAACAAUCAGUUCUCUCUUAUUUGAACCAGGCGGAUGUCUGGGCGGAUCGAUUAUUUGAUCUUUUUCAAAAAAUGAAAAUCAACUUCUCGGAAACCUGUGACAUCGCUCAUGAAUUACACGAAUCAUUACUUCGAUCCAAGAGAGCGAUCGACUGUAUAGCGGAUGCAUCCGUAAAUUUGCGAGAAUUGAAAAAGGGCAAAGUCGCUGUGGUGAAGUCGAAAGAGGUUGCGGCGGAAGUUCAACAAAUAGCUGAAGAAAAUCAAGCUGAGAGGAAAGAGGAAGAAAAUCAAGCUGUGAGGAAAGAGGAAGAAAAUCAAGCUGAGAGGAAAGAGGAAGAAAAUCAAUCUGUGAGGAAAGAGGAAGAAAAUCAAGCUGUGAGGAAAGGGGAAGAAAACUCAAAAAAUCAGGAUAGAGAUAAUGAGGUUAGGAAAACGACUCGUGGCCAUAUUCGAACCUUUAUAUUACCUCCGGAAUACGAUCCACAUGACACCAGAUGGACACUAAAGUACCGUGAAAAUGAUCCGGAACUUAACCUGGUAGAACUUGUUCCUGGAAGCAGUGUGUUUAUAAACUCUCUGAAACUAGCGCAUUGCAAGCUAACUGCAAAAAAUAGUAAAGAGUUAGCUCGAAUGUUAUUAGUAGAAAUUUUUUCUAUGACUGCGUUAAGUGUUUGUUCACUAACGGGUGUCAGAGCGAACGCGUUCGAUAUAAGCGGCACAAAUGUCAGACCUGGGUUAGACGAGAAGGCGAGAAUGACUAUAUUAACAUUCGUUGAAAAACAUGCUGUUGAAAAAAAAUGGGGUCCGUUCGACUCACAGAGUGUCAUUAACAGCUUACGCAGCAAAAUUCAGGACAUAAGAGCUAAGCAUGGUAAAACAGCCUGAAGUUUUAUUCUGAGUAGAUAUAUCAAUAUUAAAGUAAUCAAUUAUACAGCCACGGCCUCUACCGUUUAUUGUUAGCGUAAGUUUGAUUUUAAUUUAUUUUUAAUGAAAGAAGGGAAUAGACGAGCAGGACGUUGUGCCGCUCAGGAUUCUUGAAAAACCCAAAAAUUAUGAGCGGCACUACAAUUGCGCCCGUCACCUUGGGACAAGAUAUUAAGUCCCAUUUGCCCAGUAAUUUCACUAGCUUCGGCGCCCUUCAGACCGAAACAAUAAUGUUUACACAUUACUGCUUCACGGCAAAAAUAGUCGCCGUUGUGGUACCCAUAAUCUAGCCGGCAUCCUGUCCAAAGGUAAAUAUUAACGGCCUUACAAAUAAAAAUGUUUUAUAACAACAAUAUUCUGACCCUAUACUAAGUAUUAUUAUACUUUGAAUAAAUUGAAAAUAAUACUAGAAUAUUGUUGACAAUACUUUUUUUAUUUUUAUAUUUAUUUAUAGAAAUACAAAUUUUACAAAAUGUGAACAAAUAAGAUACAUUGUAAAAACCACAGUAGUGUGACCUCAAUGCAUAGACUUGUACUAAAUAGUGUCUUCUCUCAUCCGUUAAGUCAAAUUCAUGUCAAAUUGAGCGGUUCGGCAACAGCGCAACCUAAGAUAAGACACAAAAAACGUAUAAUUUUAUCUUUGUCUGCUCUGUGUAUAUUAUGUUAGUUUGACGUAUUGAGAUCACUGACCUCUAUGUCUAUAUACCACUGGACUGUCGGCUGUCAAAGCGCUUUUGUGCAUGUUUGAUAUACGUCAUUUUGGCACUUUUGGCCAUGUAGCGUGAGUCUGCGGUACUAAAACGAGUGAUGACAACCUCAGCAAUCAUCAAUAGAUGGUGGGAAACUUUACAAAAAAAAUUGUGCACUUUAUAACGUUGAUUCUUGAAGUUUAAAUAACUCGGAAAACGAACGAAAUUAUUUCAAAAUGCAAAAAUACUUAAGAGUAUUGUACGUGUCUUCGCAGAGAGUGGCGCUUCAAAUAGGCACAAAAAAUUUGCUGUCAAACAUAUGGAAGAGCCUGUCCAGUGGUUUUUAAUUUUUUAUACAGGUCAGUGAUUGAGAUACGUCUUCACUUUUUGAAUUCGUUCUAUAAGACAGGCCGCAUACCUAAGUACGCUACCAUUAAGCUUCUCUUUGUAUGCUAUAUGCAAGUUUAAGAUAUGAAUAUGGGGAAAUAUCGGUUUACUUUAUAAAUGCUGUUUAUUUGAGCUAUUAAUUAUAUCUAGCACAUACAAUAAAACCCGUGACAUCAUUUUAAUUGUAGUGGGAUGUAUGUGUCGUGACUUCAUUUCUAACAAUUUAACGACCUGGCUUUAGUGACAUUGUAAUGUAACGACCAGUAAAAUUGUCAAUUGACAAUCUACCCUCAAGUUAUAAUACAACAUCCAAAAAAAUUGUAAACAUGAAAUAAAAUCAAAGAACAUAAUAUUAUUAAUUAAUUAAAUGUUUAUUUUA